AUGAGUCAAUUCGAGUGCUUCGUAACGAUUAGCGACGAAAAGCGCAUAUUUGACUUCUCGUUGAAUGCCUUCAACCGGUUGUCGAGUACUGAAACACCCGUUAAAUACUUGUCCCGAAUUAGGGUCACACCUAAGCCGGGGGUCACCCCAAUGGGCCCACAGACCGAUACCCGGGUCACACCACUGGCCAAUAAUGGCACUUAUAGUAGUCAUCAUAAGGCUAACCAUAAGGGGUUUGAGAGUAAUCUGAAUAACGAUUACUUUAACCCAAAUCUGGUGUUUGAGAGCCGUAUGACUGAAGACUUCUUUAACACGGAUUUCGUGGCAAACAGACGACGACGAGGAGGAAGAGGGAAACGGACGCCGAAGUCACCGAUUGAUGCGAUUGGAGACCACAGACCU